GAGAGGAGCAUCGGUUAGGCUUUGGCGGCGGGUCCCUUCUGGUGAGCUGAAGAAAGGGAGGAGUUGAAGUUUCUCGAAUCAUCUUCUCUCUCUCUGCCUUUUCUUGUCGACCAAGCGAGUCGAUAAAAGCAUUAGGCAACUCAGCAGAUUAACCUCAGAAUCUCGAGACAAUUUGAGUUGGAAGCCUGAAGCUGAAGCAAUUGCUGGACGGAGAUGGAUCGCCGUGGAAGAUCGAGAGGGAUGAUCCCGCUUCUGGCCCUCCACACCUUCUCCGAGUACUACCGCCUCCGCCGGAAGCCCCCGGUCACCGCCGGCCUCCUCGCCGCCAACACCCUCAUCUACCUCCGGCCGGGCGCCCUCGACGCUCUCCUCCCUUCCAUGGAUGAAGUCUUUUUCAAUGCCCACCUCAUACUCGAGUACAAGGACUUGAAACGGUUCUUCUUGUCGCCCUUUUGCCAUUUGGGCGAGCCUCACCUGGUGUACAACAUGCUGUCUCUGUUGUGGAAGGGGACCCAGCUGGAAUCUAUGAUGGGAAGUGCUGAGUUUGCCUCCAUGGUGGCUGCACUGCUCGCCAUGUCUCAGGGAAUGACGCUUCUACUGUCGAAAUCCCUUUGUGUGUUCUUCGACUCCAAUAAAGCUUACUACUCCGAAUACUCUGUCGGGUUUUCAGGCAUUCUGUUCGCCAUGAAAGUCGUCCUCAACGCCUACUCAGAUGAGAUGACUUACGUGCACGGGCUACUGGUUCCCGCACGUUACGCAGCGUGGGCGGAGCUGAUUCUGAUCCAAAUGUUUGUUCCUGGCGUUUCGUUUAUUGGCCACCUAGGUGGAAUACUCGCCGGGAUUCUGUAUCUCCGUCUCAAGGGCUUGUAUUCAGGGUCAGAUCCCCUGACUCUACUCUUGAAAGGGUUAAGCGGUGUAGUGAGCUGGCCUUUCAGGUUCGUGCGGGGCUUAUUCAGACGGCGUAGGAUUUCUGGUAGAGGAACUGUCGGGAGAAGUCCGAGUGGGUGGAGCGAUUCUACUACGUGGAGAUGUCAAGCUUGUACAUAUGAUAAUUAUGGUUUGUUAAGUGUAUGUGAGAUGUGCGGGAUGAGUCGAGGCGUGAGCGGCCCUCCAUCAAGAAGAGUUUCACCACAAUCUGAGGAUCUUUCUUUGGAGGAGCUGCGCCGUAGGAGAGUUGAGAGAUUUGAGCAAUGAUGUACAUUUACCUUAAAAUCGAUGCAACAAUGGAUGUUCUUAGGAAUUUUAUUAGAGGUGUAAAGCUGAUGCCUUUCAUCAAUUAUAAUACAUAAAAAAUUGAGCAGUGUUGUCGUGGGAACUCCUCUGCUCAUGAUUGAUCUCUUGAA